CCUUCGUAAGGCUCUGAGGACAAUCAGCAGUCGUGUAUGUGGACAAAGUGGGCGAGAGCAACACCAUGGUAUAACAGUGACUUUUUUAUACCCAAAGAAGGCUGUAGGAGUACAGCAGGUUUUAUAAAGCAACACAAUCUCCUUUGGCGCUGAUUUAAAGCCGCGAAACAUUCAGAUUUCCCCCUCCAGCAGGCAAAGACUGUUUUCUGUCUGUCUGUAUUUUCACUGGUUAGUGCUAUCACUCAGAUGUCCACCAGAGUGUCACAGCACCCGUCUGUUAUUAAAGGAUGGAGUUACUAAGAAUAUUUCAAAUGCUAUUGGUCCCUUCACUGUUGAUAGCAUUUUGCAUGAAAAUAGAGGUUGGAAGACUCCUCUGAGGCCUCAUCGACUCUCUACAUGACUGCCAUACCCUCUGGAGCUCGUAUACAAAACUGCCCACCCUCCACAUGGAUGAGAAGUGGGCCAACAGCUUGCCAUGUUGUCACGUUUCUGUGCCUGUGCUUUAACUUUAUUUAGACAAAAGCUUUAAAGUCCAACAUUUUGUCUCUUUUCCUUUGUUCUGUGACUUUUGUUCUUCCUGUCUUGCAGCUUUUUGAAUACCAAGUAUGAAAUUGUAAUAAUUCUUUUGUCACAUGCAAUUUCUUUUUACGGUUGGCUGGGAGUUCAAUAUACUUUAGUAUAAAUUAUUUUUUUAAAUGACCAGUGCUUGACUUCAUGUAUAGUGAAGUGCUGUAGGAUCAUGCUAGUGUUUGUUAUGUUUUCCCCUUAAACUACUAAAUGUGAAUAAUAUUCGAGUCUGGUCACAUCAGAAUGCGGUGACACCUAAUUUGGUUAAAUUAAAUGCUAGAAGUUUGGUCAGGCUAACUAGCAGACUGCGCGAGCUGUGAGUUAACUGCUGGCCAGCUGGCGACAUGCUUUCCAAGUCAGCUGACUUUCUAGUGGUCAGUAGCAAGCUAAGCAGCUCAGUCAAUGACUUGAAAAAAGUGUAAGAAUGUGUACUGUCUGAUUUCAUAUCCGUCUACACUGUUGCUUUUUCAAAGCAGUGCAUUCUAGCAGAACAGUUACAUAAAAGUCAUGGGUGCAAUUCCAUAAGUUCUGCUACUAAUUACUAUAUUAUACAAGCAUAUAUACAAAUAUGUUGGUGAUUGAUGGUUUAGUUACAUAGUCCACAGACAGUAUGCAAACCUGGGCCCCAGUUGUGCGUUUUGUAGGCCCCACCAUCCACCCCAACCACUUCCCAUCGACUCCAGUGGAGUUCAUAAAUGUGGAGCUUAAUUCAUAAAAAAGAACUAGGAUAAAAAAAAUAUUGGGAAAACAUGAUUUGAUGAUGCAACACAUAGAAGACUACAAUGACCUGAAGAGCAUGAAUAUGCUUGCAAACAUUCACUGAAGUUGUAGUCUAUAGCUUGGCUAAGUUUUACCCUGUGAGCAGAGCCACUCAGCAGUUCAGUUGCAGUGAUUUGUUUUCUCUCAGACUCUAGCUGUUUUAAAGCUUGUGUGAGCAGAGAAUUUAAAAGUGCUGCAUGUUGCUACUAUGUUACAGGAACCUUUUUUUGAUGUUUUCAAGUUCGCUUAUUAGCCUCUGGUAAAUUGAAGCCUUUAGGGGGCAGUAAUCCUAAUCUGUAUUCCAAAUUUGUAUUUCUCUAAAAAAAAUACCCUUAACUUUAAGAAAAAAUGUUUACAGAAAUUUAUUAUUUGAUAUGAACAGCUUAGUUUUCUGCAAUCUACAAAUGAAAUGCAAUGUCUAUCUGGAAAUUCUUAUUCUUAUUUAUUACGUAUGUUUUUGUUUUUUCAAGGUGGGUGUUAAUAAAGCCAAAGCUAUAAGGCCCCACAUUGUUAUGAACUAAUCCUACUAUGGGUUAAGACAUGAAAAACACUGGUAUGUUCAUUUAUAGCAGAAACAUCUCACUUGAAGAAAUCAAAUAACUUAUUGCAGUGGUCAAACCUACAACUUCAUCUCUACCCUAUAAACACUAUCAAGCUGAAAAAAUGAAGUAGCUGCAGCUUCACAUAUCUCUGGACCUACAGAUCUCUAUAUUUAAGUGAGCAUUAGUUUCAUCAGCUGUACCACUGGGAGAUAUGUUCUCCUGAUAUCCUUUUUUUCAUUUCUUCAUUUGUCCAGAGUCUUCUAACUCUACACAGGUUUUAAAUGUAAAAAUUCUCUUGUUUGUUAAUGGUGAGGCUAUCUGCCACCACUCGAGAGCUGAAUAAAUAGGUUUUUCUGCUGUGGGUCUUUUUGCUGAAAGCAUCCAGAAAACUGAAAUUACUUGUGAAAUGACAAUGUUUUGCUGUAUGGCACUUUUGUAAAUAUACUAUAGAAGUUAGCUUUGUAUCAGCCAUUCAUGUUUCUUGUGGUCUGUCAUUUUUGUCUUUAAUGCUCUUUACUUAGUAAAUAAAGUGUAGCAUCCACAUACCUAUACCCAGCAAACACACCUUGGUCCAGGCCCACUUUUGGGCGUUAUACGUAUGUCAAAGAUAGGAUUAGUCUUUUCAAGGUUUUUCAGUUUUUUGUUGUCAGAGACGUGAUCUUAGGUUUAAAUGCAUAAACAUAUUUUAUACAAGGGAAUUCUGCAACCUGCAUUCAACUGUUGCACAGGAAGUGCAUCACUUUCUUCAAAUUCAGUUCACUUCAACUUCAAGCGGCUUGGUAUCAACUCUGGACUGUCAAGGGUUCGGUUUUUUAAUAAAUGUGUCCAUAGUCUUAGAUAAGAAAGCUGCACCUUUCAAAGUGGGAUGUAUGCAGUCUCCGAAUCAGACCUUCUCCAUUCUUACAGCAUCAGCAGAAGAACAAAUAUACAAGACAGCUACGUGAAUUUCCACCCAAAAUAACAGCAUUAUAUCACUCCUUAUACAUUAGCCCCGACAUGGAGACAGAAUUUAUUUUUCUACACUUCAGACAGGCGAGCUGUCAUGCAGUCACAGCCACAGUUUCAAUUCAGUUCACUUUCAUUGAUACGCCAGUUCCAUUCAUAAACAAGUUUUUUUUGUAAUCCACAUCCUCUCACAGCAUUUCACAUAGUAAGCUGAAGACCUUACGACUUCUAAACAGAGAACACAACAAUCCAAAGCUCCCUUAUCUCAGGAAGCAGGCCCGGUGAAGGCGGACAUCUGCCUUGACCACUUCAUCAGCUACAGUUGACACACUGGUUACACAGCUGAAUAUUGAUUGUAAAAGUCAGAUCUAUUCACUAAUGUCAAAAUAUUUUUCUGUCAUAUCAAAGAUUUGUUGGUUUCGCACCAGGAUAUCUGCAGCAGUAACAUUCUGUGUAUUGAUGCUUUAAAAAAUAUGACCUUUUUGAUAAUUAAAGUGGCAACCAAAACAUAGCAACAGGCAGCUUAGUAUUAAUGAAGCAACAUUUAUUGUCUACCGUAACUGGCUGUUCUCAGAUGAACAUGACAGACAGAAUUCUCAAAUCAUAAAUACACCGGUGUUUUCCUAUUCAGAACUUUUCCUUCAUAUACUCUGCAGUACCUUUUAUCCUGGGCUGUUUAAAACUGUAGACACACAAAAUAACCAAAAAUCUGAACUGCGCCUGUAUCAGUCUGUGCACAUCAGAUAAUUAGUAACCUUUACUAUGAAAUAAGAACCCAAUGUAUGUCAUAAUGCAAUUUCAUAACUGUCACAAUGAUUUUGUUUUCAAUUAGUCUACAUAUUAGAACAGCAUAACAGAAUUUCUAGGGCUUUUGGUUUUAGUCUUCCAUACCCAGGGCAGCUGUGGCUGGCGUGGCAUAAUAAUUUUGGGUACGAUGUGCUAAGAGUAAAAGAUGAUAUAAUUAUGGCAAAUGCUAUUAAACUGAAGAAUAGACUCAAGACGUGUAUAAAAUACACAACAAUGAAGGUUAUAGUAAUCACUGAUGUUUUUUGAUGGUGUGGUGUGCGUCUGUGGAGGACACACAUGGCUUGAAGAUCAUAAAGUAAAACGUGUAUUUUCGGUGUAAAGACAGAUCAAAUGCUUUGUAGAAAAAUGAAAUGUGGAGUACUCAAAACAUACUGGUGUAUACUUAAGAUCUCUAAAUAAUAGGGGUAAAAUGUGCAGAGGGGCUAAGGCAGAGUCUGAACAUGUCUGGACAUGUUCUCUGUAAAACAUUACCUAAUGAUAACCUAAUGUGCAUGUCCUCUUUAAAGUGUGGUCUAGGGGGAAGUAUGAUGACCUGAUGUCAAGAAAUAGAUUUAGAAAAGUAUAAUGGUGUCAAAACUGUCACUCCAAAAAUACGCCCUAUAGGCGUGGAAAAAUGACCUACUCUCAGAGCAUAAAAGACGGUGCACAGCUCAGUAUAUCUGUUUUUUCUUGUGGUGUUAUCACUGAUAAGAACUACUCCUGGAUUUUCUGUAGACAACAAAUCCUGCUGCCUCUGAAUGCUGACUUCUCUUGGUGAUUUUUGGAAGAUCUUUAAGAAACUUUUUUGGACAUUUGAACACGGUCAAGUCUUACACUCUGGCCCAUGAUUUGGGACUUAGUUUCCACGUCACUGGUUGGCAGCCCCUCCACAUGCCGAAGUGUCAUAGGACAAGACACUGAACCCCAAGUUACAUGGAAGCUCUGUGGCCAUGUGAAUGUGUGUGUGAAUGACUGAAUAGUGAAACAAUAGGUGAAUGUGAAACAUUGAACAGAACUCUUGAGUACCAAUAAGGUAGAAAGGCGCUUCAAGUGUAAUCCAAGUUUACCCAAAAUGUUCGGUGGCCCCACCUGGCCAACCCUACACUACCAAUGAAAAGUUUGGGGUCACCCAGACAAUUUCAUGUUUUCUAUGAAAACUCUCACUUUUAUUCAUGUGCUAACAUAACUGCACAAGGGUUUUCUAAUCAUCAAUUAGCCUUUCAACACCACUGGCUAACACAAUGUAGCAUUAGAACACAGGAGUGAUCGUUGCUGGAAAUAUUCCUCUGUACCCCUAUGUAGAUAUUCCAUUAAAAAUCAGCCGUUUCCAGCUAGAAUAGUCAUUUACCACAUUGGGGCAGUGGUGGCACAAUGGUUAAGUUUCUGGACUAGUGAUCCGAAGGUCAGAGGUUCAAACCCCGAUGCGACCACUGUCGGGCCCUUGAGCAAGGCCCUUAACCCUUCCUGCUCCAGGGGCGCCGUACCAUGGCUGACCUCUGAAGGCUAAUUGAUGAUAUGCGGAAAUCAGAAUUUCCCUUCAUGGGAUUAAUAAGGAAUAGUAAAAUCCAUCCAUCUAUUGACUUCCGCUUAUCCGGGACCAGGUCGCGGAGGCAGCAGGUGAAGCAGGUCACUCCAGACGUCGCUCCCCCCAAUGAAUCGCCACCUUAUCGCGGUGGAGGGGUUUGAGUGUCCCUGUGAUCCUGGGAGCUAUGUUGUCCGGGACAAUAGCCCCUGGUAGGGUCUCCCAAGGCAAAUUGGUCCUGGGGGAGGGACCAGACAAAGAGCGAUUCAGAAAACCCUGAUGACAACACCCAAGAAGAAAGCCGCUACCUCGUCCAGACUAGGGAAACCGGGGCCUCUCCCUGGAGCCAGGUCUGGGGGGGAGCUUGUCAGAUAGCACCUGGUGGCCGAGUCUUGGGGCCCCAUGGGGCUCGGUCGGUCGGGCACAGCCCGAAAAAAUAACACGGGGUCGCCGCCCGGUGGGCCCACCCCCACUGAGGAGGAAAUCGGGGUCGGGUGCUAUGCCAACCAGGCAGUAGGCAGGAGCGGGCGUCUCGGCGCACCGCCCUCUGGUGCCGUAGACUAGCUUUGUGGAUGUGGAAUGUCACUGGCAGGGAAGGAACCCAAGCUGGUGUGGGAGGUGGAGUGAUACCGGCUAGAUAUAGUUGGGCUCACCUCCACGCACAGCAAGGGUUCCGGAACCAGAAUCCUGGAGAGGGGUUGGACUCUCUCCUUUUCCGGAGUUGCCCAGGGUGAGAGGUGCUGGGCGGGUGUGAGCGCUGCUUUGUUGGGGUUCUCCCUGGAGAACGAGAGGGUCGCCUCUCUGCGACUUCAGGUUGCAGAGGGGAAAACUCUGACUGUUGUUUAUGCUUAUGCACCAAACAGCUGUUCAAAGUACUCCGCCUUUUUGGAGUCUCUGGGUGGUAUCCUGGAAGGGGUACCACCCGGGGACUCCAUAAUUCUCCUGGGGGACUUCAACGCUCACAUGGGCAAUGAUGGAGAAACCUGGAGAGGGGUGAUUGGGAGGAACAGCCUGCCUGAUCUGAACCCGAGCGGUGUUUUGUUAUUGGACUUCUGUGCUAGUCAUGGAUUGGCCAUAACAAACACCAUGUUCGAGCAUAAGGCUGCUCAUAAGUGUACUUGGUACCAGAGCACCUUGGGUUUAAGGUCGAUGAUUGACUUCACAGUUGUAUCGUCAGACCUGCAGCCAUAUGUUUUGGACACUCGGGUGAAGGGACGAGCAGAGCUGUCAACUGAUCACCACCUGGUGGUGAGUUGGAUCCGGUGGCGGGGAAGGCUGCUGGACAGACCUGGCAAACUCAAACAUGUAGUGAGGGUGAACUGGGAACGUCUGGCGGAGGACGCUGUCCGUGGGGUUUUCAGCUCCCACCUCCGGAAGAGUUUCUCCUGCAUCCCGGGGGAGGUUGGGGACAUGGAAUCUGAGUGGUCCAUGUUCAAAGCCUCCAUUUGCUGGUGGAUACCGGCGGUGAGGGAAGCCAUCAGGCUGAAGAAGGAGGCCUUUUGGGCUUGGCUUGCUCGGGGGUCUCCUGAAGCAGCUAACGGGUACCGCUUGGCCAAAAGAGCGGCAGUCGCAGAAGCAAAAACUCGGGUGUGGGAGGAGUUCGUCGAGGCUAUGGAGAAGGACUUUCGGUUGGUCUCAAGGAGGUUCUGGCAAACCAUCCGGCGCCUCGGGGGGGGGAGGCAGGGCUUUGCUCAGGCUGUGUACAGUCGGGGUGGAGAACUGCUGACCUGUACUGAGGAUAUUGUCGGGCGGUGGAAAGAGCACUUUGAGGAACUCCUGAACCUGGAAAACACAUCCUCUGUGGGGGAGGCAGAGCCUGAAGUUUUGGGGGAAGCUUCGUCCAUAUCCGUGGCAGAGGUCGCCGAGGUAGUUAAGAAGCUCCUUGGUGGCAAGGUGCCAGGUGUGGACGAGAUCCGCCCUGAGAUGCUGAAGGCUCUGGACAUUGUUGGACUGUCUUGGUUGACAUGUCUCUACAGGGUCGCGUGGGCAUCAGGUACGGUACCUGUGGAGUGGCAGACCGGGGUGGUGGUCCCCAUUUUCAAAAAGGGGGACCGGAGAGUGUGCUCCAACUACCGGGGUAUCACACUUCUCAGCCUCCCCGGGAAAGUUUACUCUAGAGUGCUGGAAGGGAGGGUCCAACCUAUUGUCGAACCUCGGAUUCAGGAGGAGCAAUGCUGAUUCCAUCCCAAUC